AUGCUCAACCUCUACACCGAGACGGCCUUCCAAGUGAAUCCGCCAACCGCAGACUCAGUGCUACACCUCCAAGUUCCAAGAAAGAAUGGCUCAUUCGACAAACCCAAGUCAUCCUCAACUCGGUUCAAGGAUGGCCGGACCUGGACAAGCGAUCAAGAAUCGUAUUCCUCUCGUUUCCUUGCCUCUCAGAGCUCGAUAUAUUUUCGGGCGUCAAAAACAUAUCCCCGGACAUUUUACUGGAAGGUGGUCAACAAUGAAAGAGUGCUGCAGGUGCAAUGCGCGGAUCUUGCGAGAGGCGAAGCUGAAGUUGACGAGGCGUACCUUACAAUCGAGUUCGAGUUCCAGGACGAGAUCAUCCCCCGAGGUGUAACUUUUGCGGAUUUAGAGAAUGCCGAGGAGAUUAAUGUUUUUGUGUGUACCAACAAAAACGAGAUCUUCAACUUACGGGUACCUACUGCUGCUUUCCGCGACUUGCGUGUACUGCAAACCGAGAACAUUGGUCAGUGGUGCCAGCCGCUGGAAAGUUCCACCCUUGGUAUCGAUACAGUCUACCGCAUUCAUUCCAUCACCCCUCUGGUUGUCUUAAUAUCCUUCGCCAGCGGGAGAUUACAGAGGCUGAAGAGGAGGUCUGGACAAGACGAUUGGGAACAGGAUAACUACGAUGACCGAUCAUGGGGCGCGUCGAUCCGAGGGCUCGUCGGUCGACGAGGUUAUCACACUAUCGAAUUUAGGUCGGCGCAACUAGAUCCGCGAACCGCCCAGACCAUGGUCGUCUCUGCGGAUGGCGAUCUCCUCUUCACUGUUUGCCUGAACCAUACUUUGAGAAUCUGGAACCUCAACAAUGGCAGAAUUGUUGCCACGAAAGAUUUGGUGGGGUUGACAAGGGAUCCGAAUGACAGAACCCAUUUAAACCCAGCGGAAGAUGCCUUCUUGCAGGUAUUCAAAGAAGAUGAGGCACAGAAGUUUCCCACUGUUCUGACGUACAGUCCCCGAGAUGGAGGCCAAUUCAAAUUCUGGGACAUCAAGGGAAGCCUCACAGAUUCUCUUAUUGUUGAAGACAGAUAUCCAGAAACAAAACUGAGUGCUCCAGAUCCGGACCCUUCUGGGAACACCGUCUGGUCCAUGAUCGGAUUCAAGCUCGAUCCGGGCACCACCUACAAGGCUGCUCAGCUCUGGGUACUUUGGAGGAACCACAACUUCCACCAACUUUACAAUUGUCAACUAGAAUUGGGCAGCGUGGCAAGUUCAUGGAAGUCAAAUUGGGUCAAAUGCAAUGCAACAGUGUCCGCAAAGGCUCUCCCUCCGGAGUUUGUCAAAGGUGAUGAGGAAGAUCCGGCUACUAGGUGGUUGGACUUUUUCCUCUACCCUGGUCGCUAUUCCGAGGCUGCCCUUGAAACAGCGUUGUCUAUAUUCGAGGAUGCGACUGCAAUGAAUUUGACUGCUUCACAGAAGGCAGCGCCGUUGAGACAACGAAUGUGCACAACGGUGGCGGGCAAUAUCUCACUGCGGAAGUAUGGUGAAUCCGAGAUGGACUUUGACAGGUUCUGCAUCGACACUGAUUCUCAGUGGCGCAACUUUUACAGGAUAUCUGAAAAUGUCAACGACGACCGCAAUGCUCCGUUGGCCCUGACCUAUGAUGCGUUUAGCGAGAUGGUGUGGAUUACCAUGGCGGACAGAUGCUGCGCGGUUAGAGAAUGCAGCAAGGUUGAACUUCUCCAACAAAACGAAGUUGGCGACAUACGAGAUCUUGAAGAUGCCGCUGCUCGAUUAUGGCCUCACCGCAAAGUUAGUACUGAUGACGGAGAACCCUUCGUCGACCUUGCUAUCCUAAUCUCCGCGGCGAGGACGUUCAGAGAUUCAUUUUCAUCCGAUCUUGCUCGGGAUCUCGCACUUGCAGUCGAAGAAGAUAUGUCCAUUAGUGCCGAACAUGUCACCCCCACGCGCACACUGAAUAUCUAUGACAAUACAGGAUUCGGCGACGCUAUAUCGAAUGACACCUUUGAACGACUUCAAUCCGAUCUCUCUCCGAUGGGCGGCAUUUCUGGCUUGAAUAACGAACUUUUCUUGGGAGUCUUGGAACUGUUUGUGUCUAAAAGUAGGAGAGUGAAAAGCGCCUUGAGGAAUACUCUGUUCGGGAAUCUUCUAUUGUCUGCGGGCACGGUAGACUUCUUGUCGUCUAAAAAACAACUGCUCAUGGAUCUUCUUGCUCUAGCAGUUUUCGUGGAGGGUGAGUUGAGUCAAGAGGAUGUCAAAUCGACAAUAUUCAAUGCGUCCGAACUGUAUGACCAGAUUGUGCCCCUACUACGGCUGUGUAACCGCAAUCUUUGGCUAGCGUCGCAUUCACGACUGGUCCCGUUGGAGAUCCUAGGCGCUGAUGGACAUCCAAAUGCCUCCCGCCAACGUUAUAAGCCCGUCGCCGACAAGAGAAGACAGGUUACAAUCAUGGAGGACACGUUAAGCAAAGCUGUCAGACCACCACCCGCUGUUGAGAAACCCUUGAUGUAUCUGAUCACAGACCAGCUAUCAGAGAUCGACGAUUGGGCUUCUGGAAAAGAUACGUUGGAUCUAGAAGAUGGUGCGGUCUACCUGCAAUGUGAUCUGCUUGUACAGGGUGAUCUCGACCUUGCCACUGAUUUUCUACAGUACCAACCUUCAACGUCCUGGUCAAGCUAUGUGAAAGGGCGUUUGGCUAUUGCAAAGGCUGAAUACGACGUAGCAACAUACUAUUUCCAGAAGGGGUCAUAUGGCUUGGCAUGCGGGAAAGCAGUUGGGAACCUGGUGGCACUUUCAGCAGGUCUGUUGUCAAUGAUUGAAGCCGAGUGUUUCAACAACGGCCUUCCUGUUUACCUGCAUCACAUUACGACGCUUUUCGAGUCUGCGAAAGCAUACAACGAAGCAGCUAAGUUUGCUCGUUUGACAUUAGAAUCAUUGCAAGCUGGGCAGAAUGAACCAGUUCUCAAUUUCCGGGCCGAAGUGUUGUCCAGAUUGGUGAACGCGGAGCUCAAGCUAUCUAGGUUCGAUCGAGCCUACAAUGCUCUGGUUCAGCUGCCUGACCCAGCAUUGCAGCGAUCAUCAGUGACGGCCCUGGUCGACUCAGUUUUGAGUUCCCAUGCAUCUGUCUUUGGACCUGAAGGCGUGGUACAGACCCUCCAGUCUCUACCUUGGACUAUGUAUCCUGAACUCGCCCGACACAUGGAUGGACACCUCAUUUCCCUCACAAAAUCCCAGUCGACGUCAUCCAGCUUGGCCUCAAGCAGUGGCAAAGUCGACUAUCUCAGCAUCAUGCACGCUAUCCGAAUUGACCAACACAACCACCGUGGAGCGGUGACAAUCCUAUAUGACCGUCUCAAAUUGAUCCGCAAAUCCGGUCGGGCUCGACAUGAUCCGCAAGCCACAGCACUGAGACACGUCCUGCUUGCUCUCAUCAAUCUUAUGGCUUGCAUGGCACCGGAUGAGGCGUACAUCCUUGUCGAAGCCGAUGACAGCAAGACAACUCUGAAACAGAAGACUGGAGAAGAAGCCAACGCUCAACAUGACGAACAGUUGAUAAUGAGAAAACGACGUCGCGUGGUCAUCACGUUGGAAGACUUGCGGAAAGAGUAUCAGGCAAUUCUGGAUAGAUGUAGUCGGAUUGAGCGCGGAGACUUCGACUUUGAAAUAGAUGCGGACGGGGACAGCGAAGAAGAUGAAGCCGAGGAAAUGAUAGGGGAUCAAAGUCAAUCGAGAUUAAACUUAUCGAAAAGUCCGUCGAGAAAUGGGGGCGGAGGCGGAGAGGACGCGAUGGAAUUUUGA